AUUGGCACUGCCAAGGUGGGGAGAACGUUCAGGAAGAUGGAAAUCAUAGUGAUUGCGGCAGAGCGGUUCCUGGGGCAAAAAGAUUUCCCAGCAAAGGAGUUAAGGAAUAUUUCCCCAAGCCGUAACAUCCUCUCAGGUCCUAGAACCUAAGGGAGAUAUGGGGAUCUAAAAUACGAAGUUGGAGUUUGUUUUGUCUAUAUGCUAUUUUUUAUUAGGGUGGUUAAGUUAGUAUCAUUAUUACGUACGGAUUUAUUCAUUAUAUUUUAUUGGUUUCCAACCGUCCAGUUGGUAGCGUCAAUACACCUUUUUGGGUGUCGUCUGCCAUAAAACCCACAGAAAACUUCCCGGUGAUUGGUAAUUAGUAUCAGACGUUGAUUGUGGUUUUUCUCCAACUAUAGUCCACUCAGUACUCACCUUUGUCACCCCUGCAGUUUAGGCCUAUCCACUACCUUGGACUCUUCUGGAGCACCAUUCAAACCUUUUCAUAGCUGCUGCGUAUGAAAUACUCUGUGCCAACCCUGACUAAGCCACCUCGUUCUCUUACACCCUUGUGGGGCAUUCGGAAGACUUGGCUUCAUUGUUCCCACCGCAAUUGCAACAUGUCACAUAUUCAUCACUUUUAUCAACAUUAUGGUCCCUUCCACUUGGACAUCUCGGCUUCUCCCUUCUGCAAACACUUGCUACAUUACCAAAAUCUUCACAAUGAUCACACUGCAUUGCUCUUGGGAUAAAUGCUCUGACUCUAGUUAAUAUACCCUAACUACACUUGAGUAGGGAGAAUCCACAUUAAAAAAAACAAAAGAACAAAUAGACUUCAUUUUUUUCACCAUUCAUCACAUGAUUCAUCCAACAUACUUAAAUUACUCCAGGAAUAUUUUUAAUCUCUUCAAAAUCAACUUCCCACGAGAUGCCUGCGGCGGCCUGAUAUAACCCCCUUGAGGGGUGCCCUGUUCCGAAGAGACACACACGAAACUUCAAACUUUUACAUUUUUUAUUUCACCUUUAUUUAACCAGGUAGGCUAGUUGAGAACAAGGUCUCAUUUACAUCUGCGACCUGGCCAAGAUAAAGCACAGCAGUUCGAUACAUACAACAACACAGAGUUACACAUGGAAUAAACAAACAUACAGUAAAUAAUACAGUAGAAAAUGUCUAUUAUAUACAGUAAAUAGGCAAUAAAUAGGACAUGGUGGCGAAGUAAAUACAAUAUACAAAUUAAACAGUGGAGUGAUUGAUGUGCAGAAGAUGAAUGUGCAAGUAGAGAUACUGGGGUGCAAAGGAGCAAGAUAAAUAAAUACAUAUAGUAUGGGGAUGAGGUAGUUGGAUGGGCUAGCAAUUUAGAAAAUCGAUUAAAGCCGUUCCUUCAGAUCCGCCGAAUCAAAACAAGCCGGCCUCUCGUGAUCCUCACAACCUUCACUUUGCCCAGUACUCUCUCCACCAGCUUGGAUAACUCAAAUGGUUUCUUCAAAAUUGGUACUCUGCUCAACCACCGGAUUAAACACUUUUUUUCUCUUUUUUUGUCAUUACAUACCUUUUUAUUUUAUUUUAUUUUAUUAACAACAAAUCAAUACAUAAAGCACAUGAGGGAACACAAGCAUACAUAGAUUACAAACAAUGGACAAUCGAGCUAGGGGGUACAAUAUCACAUAACAAUUACACAAGGACCUUAAGGGACAUACAUAUACUUACAAUUCUAACAGCUUUUUUGUUUUUGUUAGUAGAGCAUUUAACCGUCUUAAAAUACAGUUCAAUUUCUUUUUGUAGGGUACGAAAAUGUGGUUUUCUGUUUGUAAAUUUACAUUUGUGUAUAUGAAAUUUGGCCAAAAGAAUAAUGAAAUUAAUUACAUAAAAUGUUUCAGUUUAUUUCACCGGAUUAAACACCAACAAACCGUACUCCUACUAUUCUCGUCACUGUGCCCCACUGGGAAGUUAUGCUACGGAUAGGUUAAAAUGGCAUAUUGCUGUUUCUUGCAUGCAGUUCAUAUGCACACCAGAUCAGUGCUUUUACGAUGAUGUGGCACUGUUUAUGACGUUUGGAAGCCCGCCUCUCCCUUUGACGUAUGAAUCUUUCAAGAUGGCGAUGCACCUGCUUCAUCGGUGGUAAUUCUUUUAAUUUCUAAAACGUUGUACAUAAACGAUAAAACAAAGCGUCGUUUCCAGUUGACAAUACAUUUAAUAUCGGAGGACAACGUUGUCUUUAUUACCUUUCAAACAUGUCGACAGAGGAACUGUCAACCUCGGACAGCGAAGCUGCCUUUGCUGGGGCUGGCGAGCGAUGGGCGCCCGUCGGCGCUGUAGCCAGUCCGGAGGAUGAGAGCGGGAAGGGAAACGCGGUCGAGCCGAGGAGGAAAGGCUCAGCUGCGUCUGGUGAGACGGAGAUGGUCGCAAGAUUGAGGAAACUGGAGGACGAACAGGGCCUGCUGAAUUCCUCGCUCCUCGCGUUGACAUCUCAUUUUGCACAAGUGCAGUUCCGCUUGAAGCAGAUAGUUCACGCUCCAACUGAUGAGAAGGAGAGGAUGCUGGUAGAACUCGAGGAGUUUGCCUUCAAAGGCUGUCCUCACGUUGUGGGAUGCAGGCCACAGGACUCUCAACAGCUUGAAAACGCGAGUGAGAGGGAGAAGAGGGAGCGUCUGGAGGUCCAGAGGGAGAAGCAGAAGGAGCUCAUCGUCCAGCUGAAGACCCAGUUGGAUGACCUGGAGCGCUAUGCCUACCAGGAGGGCAGCUACGACUCCCUUCCCCAGUCUGUGGUCAUGGAGAGACAGAAGGUAAUCAUUGACGAGUUGAUCAAGAAGCUGGAUGUGAACUUCAACGAGGACAUAGGGAACCUGACGCCUGAGGAGCUAAGACAGAGAGUGGACGCUGCCAUCGCUCAAAUAGUCAACCCAGCCAGGGUCAAGGAGCAGCUGGUGGACCAGCUCAAGACCCAGAUCAGGGACCUAGAGAUGUUCAUCAACUUCAUCCAGGAUGAGGUAGGGAACCCUCUUCUGUCUGAUGGUGAACCCAGCCAGCAGCCGAGGACAGCAGGGCCCAACACCAGAGCCCCUGGAGGGAGGAAGAAAAUGGACCCAGAGCAGGCCCAGAAGAUGAGGCAGACAGGCUUGCAGCUGAUCCAGCGGGCCCUGGCUGUGCUGCAGAUUUUUGCAGUGAGCCAGUUUGGCUGUGCAGCUGGCCACGUUCCCCAGAGCAUGUGGUCGCAGGGGGAAGGGGGCCAGGACUACGGCCCUCUGCUGCAGCGUCUGGAGGGGGCUGUAGACCGGGUUCGAGUGCAGGCCUCGUGCAGACAGCCCUCAGUAGAUCAUGUGGUCAGCUACAACAGCAGCUUGUCCUUGGGGUCCCGUGAUGAGCUCACUGCCUCAGUGAGGAAGGAGCUGGCCAUGGCUCUGAGAGACCUACUAGCCCACGGCCUCUACUCCCCCUCCCAGGGCAUGAGCCUGGUGCUGGCCCCCAUCUCCUGCCUGCUGCCCUACAGACCUGGCCCAUCGACCAUCCACCCCUGGGAGCUCUUUGUCAAGUAUUACCACUCCAAAAACGGCAAGGCCUUCGUGGAGUCGCCAGCCCGCCAGCUCUCGCAGUCCUUCAGCCUACCUGUUGCGGGUAAUCCAGUCACUGUCACACCCAAGCAAUCUCUGCUCUGGGCCAUUCACUCAGUGUUGCUGGAGCACGAUCGCUACAAGCGAGGAGCAGACUCAGAGUUCAAGGCUCUGGUAUGCAUGGCUCUGAAUGAGCAGAGGCUAGUGUCAUGGCUUAACCUGCUGUGCAAGUCAGGGGCCUUGGUGCACCCGCACUACCAGCACUGGAGCUACAUGGCCCAGACAGGCUUCGAGGGAGCCCUGCGCAUCCUGGGACGUAUCAGCCACCUCAAGUUUAACCUGCCGGUGGACCUGGCUGUGAGGCAGCUCAAGAACAUCAAGGAUGCCUUCUGAGAAGGGACUGUUGAGAGACACCCAAAACCAUGCUUUCAGCUCACAUGGUUACCAGGCCUGAUUUAAGGGUAAAAAAAUUAUACAAUCAACUGGCCCUUGAGGACCAGGGAAGGCAUGGUUUGGGUCUUCCUCAAGUGCUGAAAUUAUAAUUGGCAUAAAAGAAUUGUGCUAAUGUUGCUUUAUCCGUUUAACUUUAAAUUUAUCUUGGGUCAUUGGGUCAAAACAUUUUUGUUAGCAUCCUGUCUAAAAACAUGGCAUGAAUUCCGUGCAAAGCUGGUCAACAAACAUCAAGUGUGCUAUGUUGAGAUGCAUUAUAUAGCAAAUCUGUAACUAACAUUUCAUUUAUCCAUGCCCCCCAUAACCACACAAAGGGAGCAUAUCAAGAUCUUAAUGACUUGUUACAUUGCAUUAUAUGGAGCUUGUUGCCUCCCCUUAGGAAACACUACCUUUAUGUGAUGUUGUUUGACUUGUCCCUAUGGAGAUGAGAUACAGUAGCUCAGACCUAUGCAGAUAAUAUCGUGAGGUUGGCCUUUUAUAGUAAUUCACUACUGUAUAAUGAUUACCUAUAGAAUGGGUGAUCAUCAAUGUGACCAAAUGUAUAGUCAUUCCCUCCCCAUACUCUGUAGUAUGGGCAAAAACAGACCAGUAUCCUGCACUGUCACUAAACUGUACAUUUUGUGUUCUCUACGGAAGAGAAUAAUAUGGGUUACUUCAGUUCACAUUCACAGAGCAUUGCUCUCUGUCUGUGGUUACUCAAAGCUCCACUGUUGCGUUCACAGAAGACGCGCACUAUUCAAUGCACUCAGGUCAAAUGAACAUGGCAACAGUGUAUGCUCUCACCAAUGAAUGUACAAGAGAGGUCAAAAUUCUAAAGAAAAAUUCUAAAGAUGUCACAAGUGUUCUGAAAAUCAAAAUGCAGCAUGUAGUGUCUCUCCGUUGAGAAAUAAGCAGAACCUGCCUAACGUGUCUUAAAGAAGGUGGAAAACGUAGAGACCCUGUAUUAACUGCUGCUUUACUGGUCCAAAUGGAAGUGAUUCAAAAAAUAAAUGAACAUAUAUGAUUAAACUAUUUAGCUUAUGUAAUUACAUAUUUAAUUGUCUAAUAUUUAAGAUGAUUGUGGGAUGUGAUCGUUUUCUCUGUUUCUAUUUGUUUUUUGAAUGGUGAAUGAAAACCACUUGAAGUGAAAUCUUCCUAUUACAUGUGAAUCACAUGGGGUGUAUCCUGAAAAGCUGAAUGUACAAACCAUAGAUACUGUUAAUUUCCACAUAAGUGAAAACUGUUAUCCCUGGUAUGGUUUUUCCAACCCUCAUAUUAAGGUGUUACCUACUUUGUUACUGGUUAAGUGCUGCUCCCAGACUUUCUGUUCUGUUCUCUUAUGGUCUAUGGUAUUGUAUUGAGAUCUAUUUCUAUUUUGUUGUAUAGUAAAUUGCAAAUGCCUCAGCCGGACCACUACCAGACUAUGCUUGGAUCUGGUCUGUGCUUUACUGGUGUGCAUCUCCAUGUAGUGUAUGGGAGGACAGGUUGUCCUACAUCGAAAGGGAUACUUUGGUUUGCAUAGUUCUGAUGUGUUAGUAUGAAUAUCAAUACCCCCUUCAUUUAGCCUGCAUUGUUACUUUUCAAAUGCACUGUGCUCAUGUCAAAACUACUGUUAACACAAACAGACGCACACAUCACAAUACUACUACUAAGGAAUGUACAUUUCUGUAUGAAAAAUGAGACUUAGUUACUGUCUCUGAUUUGUUUUUGUUAUUCUGUGCAUACCCUACUGGUCAGAUUGAGAAAAAGGUAUACCGCUGUUUAUUGUUUUUGUUCAAUAACUAUGAAUGUGAGAAAAUAAACUAUUUCAAAAACCUA